AUGUCGUCCAGCAUGAUGGUUGUUUUGAAGUACGGAGGGUCGUUCGGGGUGAAGAUAUGCCGAGCUGAUUUUGUGUAUGAAGACCUUAUUGGAUUUGUGACAGAGAAGUGGUGCAGCUUGAAUGCGAGGGAUGUUACGAUGACAUACAAUGUUGAUGGUUAUGGCGAGGGCAUGCUCGGUGACAAUGAUGAGGUAAUGUAUAUGAAAUCGUUGGUUCGACAACUAGGUCUUGACCGUGUUGAGAUAACUGUGAAGCGCAAGGACAACGUUAAUGCAGUAGUGUUGGCGAGGGUUCCACAAUCAGCAUCACUCAAUUCGAUGGGUAAUUAUCUGAAUAACGACAUGUGUGUUCGUCCGAAUUCGUUGACAUUUGAUAACACACAGUUAUUGAGUACCAAUUGGAGAAAUCUUAUUAGGGAAGUAGGGCAAGGAUUUCGGAACGGGGCUGUUGAUUUCCGGGAUGCAUUGCGGAAAUACGCUGUUGAAGUUGGGUUUGAAUUUAACUAUGUGAAGAAUGAACCUACAAGGAUUACGGCAGAGUGCAAAUACAGGGUGAUGAAGAAGUUUAGAAUCAAACCUGAAAUGGCCCCGAAUGAUGUCGUGCUCAACGUCAAAUUGUACUAUGGCAUUGACAUCAGUUAUUUUGUUGCUUGGAAGGCACUUGCUGCGGGGAAGCAUCAUGUGUUUGGUGACGCUACGACUUCGUACUCGUACUUGCCCUUGUAUUUUGAAGAGCUUGGGCGUAGCAAUCCGGGCAGCGUGUACCAUCUUGAUGUCGAUCCAGUAUCAAUGAAGUUUAGGAGGUGUUUUUUUGCUUUUGAAGGGAGUUUGUCAGGGUUUAAGGCAUGUCGACCUAUGCUGGCUCUUGAUGGGACCUUUUUGUCUGGAAAACACAGGGGAAUCCAUCUAAGUGCGUUGGGGAAAGACAGUGAAAACGGUUUGUUUCCAGUAGCUUUUGGAAUAGUGAACGAGGAGACUGACGACAACUGGGCGUAUUUUCUACGACAUUUAAAAACUGCUAUUGGAACAGAUCGCGUGCUCACAUUCUUAUCAGAUCGUAACCAUGGAAUUUUGCGCGGUGUGAAGGAAAUAUUCCCUGAUUGUGGACACAUAUUUUGCCUUGUCCACCUGCAGAACAACCUAUUGCACAAGUGUAGAGGCUGCCCGACUAAUUUUCGAGAGGGUAUUGUUGCUAAAUUCAAUGCAUGUGCGUAUGCACCGACGAAGACUGAGUUCCAUCAGAAAUUGAAUGAGUUGAAAGAAUAUGGAGGCGCAAGGGUAGAUAAUUUCAUUGCUGACUUACCCUUUGUUAACUGGACAUGUUCGUAUUUUGUCGGAGAUCGGCAUAAUGAGAUGACCUCAAAUGCUGCUGAGUCGUGGAACUCGAAGAUCAAGGGUGCUCGCGAUUUGCCUAUCACAAAUUUUAUCGAUUAUAUCAGGGGUGAAGUCAUGAUAAAUAUUAGCAUUAGGGCUGAGGAAGGGGUGACGAUGACGACGGAGCUUAGCUCCAAAGUUCAUGAGCAGGUGGAUCAGUUGGUUCAAGAAGGUAGAGUUUGGGUAGCGAGGAAGUCGUCGGAUCAUAUGUUUGAGGUUCUAUGCGACCCAACUGCUGUUGUUGAUAUAAAAGAAAGGGUGUGUUCGUGUAGGAUGUGGCAAAUCACUGGAUUGCCUUGUGCUCAUGCUGCUUGUGUGUUGUUCAAUAACACUAAUGAGGGCUAUAAAUACGUUGACAAAUAUUAUCGCACCGAGUCAUACCGGGAGACUUACUCGCACCCUGUUGUGCCGUUUGUGCAGCCUACGAUUGACAAUAAUAUGCCGAUUGUGGGCCCCCCUGACCACCACGUUCGUAGAGGGAGGCCUAAGUCAAAAAGAAUACCAUCGAAGGGAGAGAAGAUCAAACGGAAGAUCAAGUGCAGUCGGUGCAACCGAAUUGGAUACCACAACAAGAAGACGUGUUCGAUGGCCAUUAUAGGGGGUUGA